UUAACACGCGCGAGUCCUGCCCGAGUGACAAGCAAUGGUGACCAACGUCGGUGAUAGGAGCGGCAGUGGCAGUGGCAGUGGCAGCAGCAGUGAAAUCAGCAACCAAACCGGCGCAAGGUCCGCCGCGCAAACCAAGCGACACCGGCCAAGAUUCCCAACAACGAACAUGCACGCGUGGCUCUAUGUCCUCGCGGUGCUGGCGAUAUCACGGGGUGUAGCGCCGAUCGCCGGCACCGACGACGACAGCGGAGGCGGCGGCUUGCCGCGCUCCCUGACAGCCAGCAUCCCGGAGCAGCAGCAGCAACAGAACGCGGUGCACCACGGUGAAGUGCGGCAACCGCCGAGUGUGAACGAUCAAAGUGAGCUCCGUCCUCCGUCCGCGGACGAGGACGACCUGAGCGAGUACGAAGAGUUUGUGGCCGGCGGGCGCACAGUGACGGAAGUGCCGGAAAGCCGCGGAGCGCCCGCGGAGACGGACAGUAAUGACAUUGGCCGUGAUGCCGUGGGCCACAGUAGUGAUAGUUCCAGCCUGAAGCCUGAUCCUAAAACACUAGUCGAGGUAGAGAAGACUCUCCUGAGCCUGUUGGGCUUUCCUAAUCGACCAAAAAUCGAUAGAUCUAAGGUGGUGAUACCGGAGGCGAUGAAGCAGCUGUACGCCCAGAUCAUGGGCCACGAGCUGGUGGACUCGGUCAGCAUACCGCGCGAGGGACUCAACACGCACAACGCCAACACGGUGCGGAGCUUCACACACGAAGAAAGCCACGUUGACGAGCGGUUCCGGCACCACCAUCGCUUCCGGUUGCUGUUCAACCUGUCGAGCAUACCGCGGCACGAGAAGCUGCGCGGUGCGGAAGUCACACUGACGAGGGCCGCCAUCGGUGGGGACAGCCGGCGCCCUGCCCGGUACCAGGUCCUGGUGUACGAUAUCCUGCGGCCCGGCGUGCGGGGCCGGCGCGAGCCGAAGUUCCUGCUCGUAGACUCGAAGACGCUCGCGGUCAACGAGUCCGGCACGGUCAGCUUCGACGUGCUGCCGGCGGUCCAGCGGUGGCUGGGGCAGCCGCGCCAGAACCACGGCCUCUUCGUGCAGGUCACCCGGUGGACGGCCCCCCACAGCCGCCGGCGGCGUAGCCUGCAGCCGGUGGCUCCGGUCCACGAGCACGUGCGGUUGCGGCGGGCCGUGGACGAGCCGUACGGGAGCUGGUCCCAGAAGCAACCGCUGCUCCUGACGUACACGGACGACGGGCGGCACAAGCAGCGGCCGAUCCGGGACGCGAUCAGCAGCGCCAACCGGGCCCGGCGGGCGUCGGCCAAGCGCAGCAAUCGGCGGAAAAACGAGCUCUGCCAGCGGAAACCCCUGUACGUGGACUUCCGGGACGUCGGGUGGAACGACUGGAUCGUGGCGCCGCCCGGGUACGACGCGUACUUCUGCCAGGGCGACUGCCGGUUCCCGAUCGCGGACCACCUCAACACCACGAACCACGCGAUCGUGCAGACGCUCGUCAACUCGUACAACAUCGAGCAGGCGCCGAAGGCGUGCUGCGUGCCGACGCAUCUGUCCUCCAUCUCGAUGCUGUACCUCGACGAGCAGAACAAGGUGGUGCUGAAGCAGUACCAGGACAUGACCGUCGUCGGCUGCGGCUGCCGAUGAUCCCGUCCCGUCUGUGAGACGGGGAGGAAGGGGAGCUACUUAACGAAGGGGACCGGAAUCGGCAGGAAUCGGCAGGAACCGCGCCGACUGUUUGCUGUAUUAUUAAAGAUUUUCUUUUUGUUUGUUUGUUUGUUUUGUCGAUAAUGAUCAAACGUACUAAGAGAGAGAGCGAGAGGGCGAGAGGGCGAGGGGGAGAGUGAGAGAGCGAGCGAGCGAGAGAGGGAGAGAGUAGAGUAUCAUUUCUUAAGUGAUUAGCAAACCACAUGCAACCACCACAUGCUCUGUACCAUACUAGAGGUAAACGGACAGGACGAGCGAAGGACGAGCGGACCGCGUGUAAAAAAGGAACAAUUAAAACAAAAAGCGUAUCAAUCUGUGCUUCGAGCUCCCCUAGGCCUAGGUUAGACUGUGUAUAUAUGCGCGUGAGUGUGCAGGGUGUUAUGCUUAAGAGGAUCCCGGCCAUCAGAGCCAUAUCGCGUCCCGAAGUCAAGCCGCACCCAUUGUGGGGACCGCGCGGGUCCCGAAUUGAGGCGUGAGUCCUGCGUCACUUUUGGCACUCGCUCUGAGGACCCUCCCCGUGGGUCGGUGUGUUGUUGGGCUGAAAUGCUACCUUUUAUAAAGUUCCCAUUUCGGCGACGGUCCUGGCACUGGGCCGCGCGAGGUGGCCAGCCGCUGCUUAAUGAUUUGCGUGUGCGUGCGAGUAUGUGUGAGAGAGUAAGUAUGUGUGUGUGUGUGUGUUGGUGUGUUUUUGGGUGUAAAUUUUGUAUAUUAUAACUGUACCUGUAAACGAAAGGAAAAACGUAUUUAUUUUACGAAAAACGGCGGC